CACACUUUUAAAUGAUAGGAAAGUUGGGAUUUUCUGUCUGUUUACCUCACUCGAACUACGUAAAGUGUAAAUAACAUAACAGUUACAGUUCAGUCCGUAACCAAACAAAGAAACAAGCUGGGUCGAGCGGUGGGACGGUAGAUGGCACACUUGCGCUCCAGUUACCUGCGCUAUCCUUAUGUUGUCCCUGGAGUUAGUUAGCACCAUUUGCUAAUUUAAACUCGCCUCUCUGUUGUCAUUGUUGUGUACCAGGCGGACCCCAGCCUAAAGUUUUCCAUAGAAAAUCACGAGCAGCAAAACUCACCUCGAUCGGAUUCGCGAAAAGUGCGAGCCCAAGUAACUUAAUGUAAUAGAAUGAAUAAUGCGUACAACUGAACGGAGAAGAAAGCUACUUGCCAUCGCGUCGAGGGAAGCUUCUUCAGUUGAUCAUCCACUCGUAUCUGCAGCAGCAGCAUGGAGGCCAGAGGCUGUAGAACUGAUGUGUAUUAUGUGGAGGAGCGACGCCCGCUACACACGCGGCCAGGGGAGCUGAACCAGAGGGCCAGGGAGGACGGAGGGUGGAGGCUGUUGGAGGUGCUUCUCUCUGGGGGAGCACCAUGGGGUUUCACUCUGCGAGGAGGUCGAGAGCACCAGGAACCAUUGCUCAUCACCAAGGUGGAAGAGGGAAGCCAAGCCGCAGUUGUUGGUCUCCAGGUGGGGGACGAGCUGGUCAACAUCAACGAGAUUCCCCUGAGCGGCUACAGACAGGAGGCCAUCUGUCUGGUGAAGAGCUCCCACAAGACUCUCAGUCUGGUGGUGAAAAGGACUGUGAACAUGGUGGAUAUUGUAGCUAACAAAAUGCCGUCAGAGAAUGACGUUCAUGUGGCGAGGAACUUCCUCACCAAGAUAUUACGGAGCUCCAUGAGGAGGAACGAGCCAAUGAGCAGGCCCCACUCCUGGCAUGCCACCAAGUUCACCGAGAGCCAAUCGGAGACUGCCAAAACACAGGCCCCUCCCACUGCAGUGUGGCACACACAAUAUGAUGCAAGCACAUCCUCAACCGACCUUUCCAGCGACUGGGAGCAGAGCAACCUGCGUCGAGUGUCAGACCAGUUCAGCUCUCUGGGCAGCAUGGACAGCCUAGAACAGGCCUCCCAUCCCUACCCUCCAGGACAACUCUCCCCCGCAAAAUCCAGUGGCAGCGUGGAGCACCUGGGAGGAGGAGGAGGAGCAGGAGGAGGAGGAGGAGGGGGCGGCGGCGGCAAGCGGGACUCGGCCUACAGCUCCUUCUCCACCAGCUCUGGCACGCCGGACUACACCCUUUCCAGGAGCAACGCCGCCUCGACCGAGAACAUGCUUCAUAAAGUCAACCAGUGGGACUCUGGGGGCAAGCCCGGCGGAGGCAGACCCGCUCAGGGCUCCACUGAGGCGGGGAGGACGCACGAGGACAGGCAGGGCUACCUGAACAUGGCAGGUGGGAGCACGGGCCGAGACAGUCCUCGUUCGGAGGAGCAGAUCGGCUCCCGCCACUCCAGCUCCAGCAGGGCGAGCUACGGCCCCGUUUGGCACAUCCCUGAGAAGAAGAAGUCCUCCUCCUCCUCCUCGCCUCCACCUCCUCCGCCGCAGCGCAGCGACAGCUUUGCCGCCACCAAGAUGCACGAGAGGGGCCUGGUCAUAGGAUACUCCGAGGGUCCCGAUGCACUCCUCCAUUCCAAACCCAGCGAGAAGGCGUCCGACAAAAGACCAGAGUCGGCUGAGACCGUUAAACAUGUCUCUGAAAUCCGCCGUCAUGUCCCCUCGUUCAAAAAUGACACCAACACUUUCCAAAUACCACCCGAUGUCUCCACUCACUCCCAGCUGAACUCCAACAAGCAGUACCCCGGGACAGAUGUCCGACCAGGCCAACCGUCCCAGGUCAACCAGCCCCCCAUAUGGCAAUAUUACCCCCAGGCCAGGGCCCCAGCUGCACCCAAGCCCCAGAGCACCAGUGGCUACUACAGCAGUAUGGAGGAGCUGCCCACCAACAACCCUGGUGCCCCCUACCCUCCAAGCCAGGGACGGCCUGCUGCUGCUCCCCUGGGUGCCGCUCCACUCGAUCAGACCCCGGAGAGCACUGGACACAGUCGGUACUACUGCAUCACCAAAAGCCAGCCGGGCCAGCCCAGCUCCAGGAAGGCAGCCGAGGACAGAAUGGGGGCGUCAGACGUGGAGGCGGUGCAGGCAAGAAAUGACAUCAAUUCUCUGACUCCUCCAGCCGAGGACAAGGCAAAGUACCACCAGGUUCCCCUGCAGCAGGGCUGCCGUCCUGGGAAGGACAGCAACGGAUAUGGCCGGCACGAGGAGAGUCUUCCCCAACACACACGCCAGCACUCGGGUACGCCCCCGGCCCUGUCAGACCACCACACCGCUAAAGCCCCUCCUGACAUCAGGGGGAAUCUGAGGCUGAAUCCCCAGACCGCGGAUCCUUAUCAAAGGGGUGUACCCCCUGGAAAACUCCCGGACCAGAGGAGGUCUCUGCCGCUGCAGCAGGAACUCAGGAUCCAGAACCAGGACCACGAGAAGAUCCGACCCCAGACCACCCCCAUGCUCCACUCUCUGUCCAUGGAGACCAAGGCCCGAGGCGGCUCCCUUGGAGAGGCCCAGGCCGAGGAGUCCAUCGAUGCCAAGAUGGCCAAGAGGAGCGACCGCUUUGCCACCACGUUAAGGAACGAGAUCCAGAUGAGGAAAGCCAAGCUUCAGAAAAGCAUCAGCGCCGCCACCCUCUCCAGCACCGAGCCCGAGGAGGAGACCGGAAGCUGGAGGCCCGCAGAGAACUCCCCUGCCUCCUCCUUGGAGGGCUCCUUCACCAGCACCUACAAGGACCAUCUGAAGGAGGCGCAGGCCCGCGUGCUCCAAGCCACGUCCUUCCGGAGGAGGGACCUGGAGCCAAUCCUCCUAGAGCAACCCGGGGCCGAGGCCUUGUCCGGCUACCAAGCGUCCAUGGGGAGUCGCAAAGACAUCUCUUCCCUGCCAACGGUCUCCGAGGCUGGCAUCAGCAGAACGGCGUCCGUUUGCGGCAGUCAGGUGACCCGCAUCGGAAGCCGGAAGCGUUUCCCCGUGGAGAGGAAGGUGAAGUCUUUCUCAGAACCAAACAAGAUCCACCAGGUGGGCGUGGGCGACCACGUCCCCAACGACGGCAACCCAACGAAGCCCACCGAGGGAGCUGGCCAACCGGUCUCGGCUAAGACCCCGGCGUCCAAUCGGAGCCGCUCUGAGAACUUUGGCGAUGCCAACAGUGCUGCCGCCCUGUCCUCCGCCGGUGACCCUGGAGCAUCGCUGAGGGAAGUGGGAGGGGGGUUCCCUCCUUCCACAGUGAACCAAGGGGAGGCAUGGAGGGGAAGCUACUCCGACCAAAACCAGGCCUUGCUAGACCAGGAGAGGCUGGGCACCUUCGCAGAGUACGAGGCUCGGUGGAGUGACCAGCGGAAGUCGACUGAGACGAGGGGUUCUGGGCGGUACCACUCGGCAGAUAACAUCCUGGACCCUGGUGCGGAGGACCGGGCCAAACCUCCAUGCUACCACGAGCGGUCUCGCUCCUCACCCUCUGCGGACUUCUACGGACAGGUUCCAGCCCCCGGUCGAAAGUCUACAGAGUACGUUCCAAUGGAAAGCAGACCUGCAGACCAUCACGGCACUUCUACCAGGUUUCCAGCUGACGGCAGGCAGAGGCAGAGCGCCGCUGAGCGCGAGCAGUGCGGCCCCCCCCCAGAGUACCGGGGCGCCCCCAGGACCCCCGCGGCGGCCCCUCCCCCCGCCUACCCCCGGCCCCCCUCCCUCCCCCGCAGCCCCACAGACCCCUCGGACCUCGGACCGCCCCCCCCACCUCACCAGCUCCAGGGCCAGGAGGAAUCCCGCCGUGCCCCCCAUGCUAGACCUCCUCCCAGGCAGCCAGGGGUCCCCCCGUUGCCCGGCGACGCCCCCCAGUCCAUGUUGCCCGCCCUGCCCUGCCAGGGAGAAGGCCCUGCCCCCGGCUCUGCUAAAGGAGACGUCGACCCCGCCCCCGCUCUAAGCCCCGCCCACAACUUUCCAGAGAGGCAGUCUGAGCCGAGCAGGGAGCUGGAGGAGCCGGGACCUGGGGUAGCGGUGGUGGCUGAGGAAGGGAUACCAACCGCAGCGGAGCCUCACACAAGCUCUCCCCCCCCGGACACGACCAGCCAGAGCACCAUGGAGGACCAGCGCAUGCCCUCUCCGCAGUUCCACCCCCAGCGGCUCAGCGACCAGCCCCCCGUCCCACUGCAGGCCCAGGGCUCACCCAGGAUGGACCCCAUGGUGGAGACCACCAGCACCACCCCUAUGGCCGUAAAGAAGGUCCCUAUUCGGAUCGUCCACUCAGAGAGCGAGGCGGAGAAGGACCACCAGCAGUACAUCCUCCUGCAGGACCACGCCCCCCCUCCCCUAGUGCACGGCCCCCAGGCGUCUCUGGUCGGGGGCCCCCAGGAGCAGGACUACUCCGUCUUCUGUGCCUACUCUCGUCAGAAAGAGACGGAGGUCGGUCCCGACGACCUCCCGCCUCCACCCAAAGACCUGUUGACGGCUCCCGUCAGCUGGGAGGACCCCUCGGAGCUCCCAGCGCCCCCGCCAGAAUACCCGGACCUUCCCACGGAGUACCCCGAACCCCCGAUGGACGCCGCCAUGGACCUGCCCACCGAAUACCCCCCGGACCUCUCCACGGAGACCCCCCCAGGCCCGGCCCCGGCGCCCGCUCCACAGCAGCCCACGGAGGACGGCGACACGCCCCCCCUCCCCCCGACCGGGGUGUAUGGGGACGACCCCAAGAGCCAGGAGCUGGCCCGGGACAUUAUGGGCAAAGACAAGUCCCUGGCGGACGUCCUGGACCAGAGCAAGAGGCGGACCACCAUGGACCUGAUGGAGGGGAUCUUCCCACAGGGGGAGCCCCUGCUGGAGGGGCCGCACCAGCGCCGCAAGCUGGGCAGCAGCAGCCGGCCCGGGGAGGGAAGGAAACCCGAGGAGGACAGUCUAGCGCCGUCGGUUUCCGUGGUGACCAGCUCGGCGUACUACAGCACCUCCGCCCCCAUGGCGGAGCUCCUCAUCAAGAUGAAGAGCAUGCAGGAGGGGCAGCAGCAGCAGCAGGAGGAGGAAGAGGAGUUGGAGGAGGAGCACGACUCUGAGGAGGAGCUGGACAUUGACCUGGCCAACAAAAAGCAGGAGCUGAUCUCCAGCCUGAGCAGGAAGCUGGGCGUUCUGCGGGAGGCCAGGCGCGGCGUGCAGGAGGACGUGCUGGACAACAACGCGCUGGGCGAGGAGGUGGAGGCGGCCGUGCAGCGCGUGUGCAAGCCCAACCAGCUGGACAAGUUCCGCAUGUUUGUGGGCGACCUGGACAAGGUGGUCAGCCUGCUGCUGUCGCUGUCGGGCCGGCUGGCGCGCGUGGAGAACGCCCUCAACACCCCGGAGGAGCACGCCACGCCCGAGGAGAGGCGCACGCUGACAGACAAGCGCACCCUGCUGAUCCGCCAGCACGAGGACGCCAAGGAGCUGAAGGAGAACCUGGACCGGCGCGAGCGCCUGGUCUACGACAUCCUGUCCAGCUACCUGGCCGACGAGAGCCUGGCCGAUUACCAGCACUUCGUCAAGAUGAAGUCGGCCCUCAUCAUCGAGCAGCGCAAGCUGGACGACAAGAUCCGCCUGGGGGAGGAGCAGCUCAAGUGUCUGACGGACAGCCUGCCCCCGGAGCAACGUCUGAGCCUGUGAGAGAGAGACCGACAGCUAACCUCAGGGGAACGCACCUCCGGCUGUAGUUCUGCCCCCGGCGCCCACCGGAGGGCGCCAGAGACAAGCCAUCGAAGAGACGGAGAAAGACUUUUGGAUCCACAGAAAGGAGAGGUGGUGAUCUUCUGGUAGGGGGGAGGGCGGAUGUGACACACCCUUUCUGCUUAGUAAUGGACGGUUCCCUAAGCAACGGACCACCUCCCUUAACGACCCGUACCUCCCUGAGAGACGCACCCUACUCCUUAGCAACGGACCCCUUCUCCUUAGCAACGGACCCCUUCACCCUAGCGACGGAUUGCUCUCCUUGGCGACGACCCCUUCUCCCUAUAGCGACAGACUGCUCUCCUUGGCAACGGACCCUUUUCUCCUUAGCCAGGGACCCCUUUACCCUAGCAACGGACCACUCUCCUUUUCAACGCACGCCUCUGCUGUCGACGUACCCUCUCCUUGGCGAGCGUAUGUGCAGCGGACUGGGCUGAAGAGAAUCUCCAUUCCCCUUCUUGUCUAGUAAUUUAUUGUAGCGUGAUGACUGCACCCAGGGACAGUAUUUCCUUUAUUAGCUGCGGCGGCGCUGAUACUUUAUUUGAACAUUUGCCAUCUCUAACAAUUGCAAUUUCUUUUUUCCCUUUUUUUAAGUGAGACCCCUUUUUUAUGCGACGUAAUAAGAUAAAAAGCCUAAUAUUUCAAUUAUACAGGUAUAUACUCGAUAUAAACUAGUGGCCUUUUUUAAUACCCUUUUCCUUGGAAGAAUGGCUUCGCUUCCGGAUGUGAUGUCGGUGAUAAAGCCAUCAUCAUCCUCAUCCCCUGAGAACAGGAAACAGGAAGCAGGAAGUGGCUGCAGGUCAUUUCAAGCACUUGGUCAAUGUACUGAUCGCUAUAGACUGAAAAGGCACUUCAAACCAUUCAAUUUCCACAAGCAUUCCCAGAGGGGCCGGGUCCCUGUGUGACGGUCCCCUCUUUUCAAACAUACUUUAUACUUCAUCAGUCCCCCCUCGUGUCUGGAAAGAGCCCUGUCUGGUUAAAACACUGGCCAAACAACACUACAUUCACACGUGUGGUUGUUUGUAUGUGUGUGUGUGUGUCAUGAUACUUGUAAGAUGUGUAUUCAUAUGUAUUCCCGGGAUCGUACCCUUGAACUGAACACGUGUUGCUGUAUGUUAUGUUUUGUUAUAUUAUGUUAUGUUGUGAGCAGUUAAUUAUGAGCGACAAUAUUUCCUCUUCACUACCUGUCUUCUGCUUUAAUUUCAACACUAAAUACAAUCAGUGUCUCAACUCGUACUGUGAUUUUCGGUCCCUGAAAUGUUCUAUUUGUCAACAAUACUACGUUCCACUCCUCCCCGUGAGGCAAAGCCACUCUGGAUGUUGUUUUCUGUGAGUGAUGGGGUAAAGGUUCACACUUUUUGACACGGCUGACCUGUAUGGAUGGAAUCAGCUGUUGCUCUAUCUCAAAUAAAUGGUCUGCUGAAACGA